AUUCAUACACAUACAAGACAUAUGAAAGCUUUGCAAGUGAAAGCUUAUCACAGAGCUAAACUACACAUACAAAACACUUGUUUAUGUAUACAAACAGUAUGAGCUUACAUAUCUCUUCCCACAUUUCAACUCCUGUCCUAAAAACACAAGCACUUAACUCAGUACCCACUUGCUCAAACUUCAUUUUUAAUGCUUUUCCUGCAAAACCCAUCUCCAUUUUCACCAAUUUAUCUCUGAAAACAUGUGCAAUUUCUUCUACUCCCAAUGGCACUGUUGUUAAUUCAGUGAAAGUGGUAAAACCAGAAGUGGAAGUACAGAGUGACAACAAGCUGAUAAUACUGAAUGAAAAAUUGAUGAAGCUUGGAAUUGACAGUGGUCAUUGUAAUCCAGGGGAAUACUAUGGCAUGCUUUGUCCUAAGUGCAAAGGUGGGGAUACUGGAGAGCAGACAUUAUCAUUGUUCAUCACCAAGGAUGGGGAUGCAGCUUUGUGGACAUGCUUUCGAGCUGAAUGUGGUUGGAAAGGCAGCACACAAACUUUGCCAAACAAGUCAAGUAAUGGGAAGAUGUACAAAAUCGCCAAACCUAAGGAAAUAAGGCAAUUAACAGAGCAGAGAUUGGAUUUACAACCUCUUUGCAGUGAGAUACGUGCAUAUUUUUCCGAGAGAAUGAUAUCGGAGGAGACAUUACAGAGAAACUUGGUGAUGCAAAAAACAUAUGGUGAUCAGAUUGCUAUUGCUUUUACAUAUCGAAGAAAUGGGAAGCUCAUUAGCUGCAAAUAUAGAGACGUCAACAAAAAGUUCUGGCAGGAGAGUAAUACCGAAAAGAUAUUAUAUGGAGUUGAUGAUAUUAGAGGAGCAAGUGAAAUCAUCAUUGUUGAAGGUGAAAUGGACAAGCUUGCAAUGGAAGAAGCUGGCUUCCGAAAUUGUGUGAGUGUCCCUGAUGGCGCCCCUCCAUCAGUUUCCAAAAACAGUUUGCCGUCUAAAGAGGAGGACUUGAAGUAUCAAUAUUUAUGGAAUUGCAGAGAGUAUCUUGAAAAGGCAUCUCGAAUAAUACUUGCGACUGAUGGAGAUCAGCCUGGUCAAGCCUUAGCUGAAGAACUUGCACGCCGUCUUGGAAGGGAAAGAUGCUGGAAAGUUAAAUGGCCAAAGAAAGAUGAAAACAGUCAUUUCAAAGAUGCAAAUGAGGUACUCAUGUUUAGGGGACCAGAGGUACUAAGGGGAGCCAUUGAGAAUGCAGAGGUAUAUCCAAUCAAAGGAUUAUUUAGCUUUGCAGAUUUCUUUGAUGAAAUCAAUGCAUACUAUUAUCAAACCCUCAGUUAUCAGCUUGGUGUUUCAACCGGAUGGAAGGCUCUUGACCAAUAUUACAAUGUCGUACCUGGAGAGUUAACUAUAGUUACCGGAGUUCCCAAUUCGGGUAAGAGUGAGUGGAUCGAUGCUCUUUUAUGCAAUCUCUGUGAGAGUUUUGGUUGGAAAUUUGCGCUGUGCUCUAUGGAGAAUAAGGUUCGAGAGCAUGCACGGAAGCUCCUAGAAAAACAUGUGAAGAAGCCUUUCUUUGAUGCAAGGUAUGGGGAAUCUGCUGAAAGAAUGAGUGCUGAGGAGUUCGAACAAGGCAAGCAGUGGUUAAGUGAUACUUUCUCUCUCAUCCGGUGUGAUAAUGAAUGUCUUCCAAACAUAGACUGGGUUCUUGACCUGGCAAAAGCGGCAGUUCUACGUCAUGGGGUGAAUGGACUUGUCAUUGAUCCAUACAAUGAGCUUGAUCACCAACGGCCUCCAAACACGACAGAGACAGAAUACGUGAGUCAGAUGCUUACCAAGGUCAAGCGAUUUGCUCAACAUCAUUCCUGUCAUGUUUGGUUUGUAGCACAUCCAAGACAGUUGCAUAAUUGGGUCGGGGCAGCCCCAAAUUUGUAUGACAUCAGUGGAAGUGCCCACUUUAUAAACAAAUGUGAUAAUGGGAUUGUUAUUCAUCGUAACAGGGAUCCAGCAGCUGGACCUCUUGAUACUGUUCAGGUAUGUGUGCGAAAAGUACGGAACAAAGUUGCUGGGACAAUUGGUGAAGCUUUUUUGUCAUAUAAUAGGGUAACUGGUGAAUAUGUUGAUAUUGAUGAUAUAUGAUAUGGAACACAGGAGAACUAAGAAACAUAUAUGGUACUAGAUAACUGGUUGUGGACUCUAACUCUGGCAGUGCGGGAUUUACACAUUGCCUUUUUGUUAAGAGAAUUCCUGUUUUCUAUAUACUGAUCAUGGCAGUUGCUGGCAACAAAGCUAUGCAAAAGAUGAGGAUCAUUUAUCAGCGGUAAAUAGUCAACAUAAUAUUCAGUAAGGACUUAGCUUAGAAGCACCAGUGCGGACAUCAUCACGAAAUUUGAUCUUUUUGUAGUUCCAUUAGUUUAACUAUUAUGAAUAGAAUGAACCUCCAUUUUUUGAAGGGGUUUGUAUUUAUAGUUUUAUACUGUGACCCCUUGUUUUCUAUGAGCUGCUGAUAAUCUUCUAGCCACAAAAGAUCAAGUGCUCGAGAGUAUCGCAGAAGCAGCAAACUGCAAUAUACUUUUAGGCCAGGCAUGUUUUGCCAUGGAGGCCCUCCUACCAGUGUUUUCUCGGGAUUUCACAAUUUUGGCGCCAACGACCCAGGCAUCAUCAGGCAGCACCUUUUAUAGAGGAAUAAUCUGUGUGCAGGCAAGGCACUCUUCCUAAAGGCUGUAAUCGGUCAAAAGUGCCCUGCCACCAAGUUGCUAAUGUCUCUUGUAGAAAGGCAUCCAGCGGAAACCAAGUAAACCUACAACUUGCACACAUUAUUCUAUAAAAGGCUGAUAUUAAAUAUAUAAUUUGAUUUAAGUGUGAAAUUUUGUGUUUGGCAUGAUCUUCCUUUUGUUCCAGCUGCAUAAUACCAGAUUCUGCCUGUCUUUUUGCAUAAGAAUGCAAAACAAGGCUGUAUCUAAUAAUGAUAUUGUGAAUAAAAAUUGUGGUUUGGUGA